AUGUUACCCUCAUUGUCAAACCCAACAAAUACUCAAGGCCCAUCGGUGACCGAUAGUUUUGCUACUGAUACUACAGCUGAAUUGAUUAUGUUCGAUAAUGAACCAGUAACAACCAUUCAGUCAACAUAUAACACUACAUCACCACCGUCAGCAACAAUAUCGACAAUGAGAAAAACAUUGAGUUCGUCAUCGAUGAACAAUAAUAAUGUAGCAAAUCUUGCUACAUUAAGUUUGAAUAAUCCUAAUCAUCCACUUUCUCAUUUACAAAGUUCAACAACAGCAUCAACAACAACUACCGAACAAUCUUUAGGCGGUAACCCUUUUAAUCCAUUCGAUGUUAAAAUAAAAAAGCCAUCAUUCAAAGGUUUUUGGCCAAAUAGAAAAGAGAAAAGUAAAAAAACAAAACUUCAAAAAACAAAUCAAAAACAAAAUAUAUAUGGUACACAACUCGAUGACAGUACUUCAGUGAAUUCGCAUAAUUCAGCGUUAGUAAAUAACGAUAAUAUGAAAGAUAGUUUAUUUUAUUGUGUGUAUUAUGAUUUUUAUAGUGAAUCAAAUGAAAACAACAUUGGGAAAAUUAUUGGUAGUAUUGAUGGCCUCAAUCAGUUAUCUUCACCAACAAUGACAACAGCAACAAACGCUCUCCCUAAUGUUACAAAAAGCAAAUGUCCAACACCUGAACCUUAUAGUCGGGAAAAAUCAAGCCCACAAACAUCUGAUAAUCGUCAGUUAUACUGUAAAAGUACCGUACCGUUUUCAUCUAUGAGUAAUAAUCGCCAACAACAAUCAUCACAAUCGUCAACAAGCUCCGAUGAAGAUGAUGAUGAUUAUCCAAUGGCAAAAAUACAGUUCAAAAUUAAUCCAGCUGCAAAAACAACAACAACAAACACCACUGAAAUAAGUAACGAAUCAAAAAUUAGUGACGCAAUGAGACAAGUCGAUAAAAAUAUUGGACAUAUAGCGACCUAUUCAAGAGCAACAGGACGUAAAAUACCAGAUAUGAGCAAAUCAAUAUCAGCUGGUCAAAUGAGACCUGCACCUCCGCCACCACCUCAUCGAAUGCCGGCUCUGUCUACAAGUGUAACAGUUGAUAAUGUUGUUAAUGCUCCUCAAUCAAAUAUUAUGUGGCAAAAUCCGCGUUCAAACUCAUUAAGUUCAUCGUUGGAUCCAAUGGCUUCUUCUUCGAUUAAUAAUCACGAAAAAUAUGUUGCAACAUCGUAUGAAGAAGAUGCAGAAGUAGCGAAUUCGUUUCCAAAUUCUUCAGCGAUAUCCAAUACUUCAUCGACGAUAAUGAAACAACCAGUGCUACCAUUUCCCACCGUUCCAAGACCAGUAACUCGUACAAGACAAGUGAUGCCGACACCAACAAUGAGUACGGCAUUACCGUCAUCAUCAGUGUCUUCAAUGUCUUCUACUAAUGGACGUAUGACCCCUCUUACGCUGACUAACAGUAUGGGGAUGUCAACCAGUUUUCAGUUUGGCACAAAUAAUUCAUUAUCAUCAUCUGUGAACGGUUCUUCAUCACCAUUAACAAUUGGCUCCACAGAUAAUAUUCCGAUAGCAAUGGCUUAUCAAGAAAUGAUUCAUGCAAUGAUGAAUGGAGAAGAUGAAACAAAAUGGAAAAUUCGUAUACAAGGCGAUAUGCUAGUAUCAUUUCCUGCUGCUAUAUUACAUCUACUAUCUGCACCAGUUUCACAACUUUCUCCACUUGAAUUUCGUUUAAGAAAUUUAGACAAAGUGGAAAAUAUCAUUGCUAAUCCACAAUUAGUCAGUUUAAAUCAAACAUUAUCUGAGCCAGAUGCACCCGUGUAUAGUUUUAAUAUGACUGCAUUAUCUGGGAUCCUUAAUAACUUAAAAAUAAAAAAUCCAAAUUUACCAUUUUUCAAUUUUGGCGUCUUAAAAUAUGAGGUUAAACACUUAGGAUCUAAUAGUAUUCCCAUUCAUGUUUCAUCACAAUGGUCAACAACGUCCGAUACAAUUAUCAUAAACCUGGCCUAUCGAUUUAAUAGUUCCGCAUUUCCAGAUAAUAUACGCUUAAUGAAUGAUAUUGUAACAUUCCACACGAUUAUCAAUGAUGCCAAGCAACUAACAGAUUCAUUACCGACGGCUGAAUGGUCAUUAGCUGAACAUAAACUUGUAUGGAAAGUACCCUAUACAUUUGAUGGAAGUGGAACGUUAACAGCCACUUUGUCUACUCUCAAUAUUAAUGAUAAUAAUCAAGUAAAAGAAAAUGGUAUAAAUUCAACUGAACACGUAUCAGACUUAAUAACAUCAUCUCCAGUUCAUGUGCAAUUUUUGGGUGAAAAUGCUUUGUUUUCAUCAAUUGAUUUUGAAUUUGCUUGUCGUGGAUAUCGCGUUUCAUUAUUGAAAAAGAAAAUUUGUAGUGACGCAACAAGUAAAUUAUGGAAAACAGAUCAUUCCAUACCUGGCAGACCGAUUUUUGGUGCACAAUAUUCUCCUCUUUCGUUGAAAUCAAACAAAAAAAGUGUACCAAAUAAAAAUCAUGUGAAAGAACAACAAGCAUUCACUGAAUACAUGAAUAAUACAGUUGAUGCAUGGACAAUUGAUGAUGAAUUAGAAAGUGAAAAUGAAGAAAAUGAUAUUGAUAAAGAAGAGCCAUUUAUAUCAAAACAAACUGCUCAAGAGGUAGCAAAGCGUAUUAUACAAGAACAUAAAAAAAGAAAUGCAUCGGUGAAAAUGACAUUGGACUCUUCCUCUGUAUGUCGUCCGGCAUCAUCUAGUUCAUCUUUGACUGCUUGCCCUGGGAUUGGCAUACGUCUUGGACAGCAUCCAAAUUCAAAAGCAAUGGUACCUAUACGUUUUACAAAUCAAAUUCGAUCAACUAUUAUCACAUUACCUGAUAUUGAUGCACAAAAAGAAACUAGAUUUAAACAAAUUCUUGACCAAUCUCAUGUUGAUCUUAAUGAACUUCGUAAAGCAAGUUGGAAUGGAAUACCAAAACAAUUUCGCGCACAAGCUUGGAAAUUACUUUGUGGUUAUUUGCCAGCUAAAAUUGAUCGCCGAGAUGAUACGUUAAAGCGAAAACGUGACGAAUAUUGGUCUUAUGUUAGUCAAUAUUAUCAUACAAGAUCUGAAUCUGUUCAUCAAGAUACCUUUAGACAGAUACAUAUUGAUAUUCCACGUAUGAAUCCAUUGAUGCCUAUAUUUCAACAAUUAGUUGUUCAAGAAUUAUUUGAACGUAUUUUAUUUAUAUGGGCUAUAAGACAUCCAGCAAGUGGUUAUGUUCAAGGCAUUAAUGAUUUAGUUACACCUUUCUUUGUUGUUUUCUUAUCAGAAUUUAUCGAUAAUGAUGUUGAAAUUGAAAACUUUAAUAUUGCCUCAUUAAGUGAAGAACAUUUACAUAUUAUUGAAGCCGAUAGUUAUUGGUGUACAUCAAGUUUACUGGAUGGAAUACAAGAUAAUUAUACAUUUGCCCAACCAGGAAUACAAUAUAAAGUUCGAACAUUAGAAGAAUUGAUUAAACGAAUAGAUGAUCCACUUCAUCGUCAUUUAAAGGAUCAACAUAUUGAGUUUUUACAGUUUGCAUUUCGUUGGAUGAAUAAUUUAUUAAUGCGAGAACUACCUGUUCGUUGUACCAUCCGCUUAUGGGAUACAUAUCAUGCUGAACAAGAUGGUUUUUCGCAUUUUCAUUUAUAUAUAUGUGCUGCAUUUUUAAUUCGCUUUUCAAAAGAUCUACUACGAGAGAAAGAUUUUCAGGGUUUAUUAUUGUUAUUACAAAAUCUCCCAACUCAUUCGUGGACAAGUAAUGAUAUUAGUAUAUUGACAGCAGAAGCAUAUCAAUUGAAAGUAAUGUUCGCUAAUGCACCAAGACAUUUAAGUUAG